CUCACAGGAAGAGGGAGUGCCAGAGCGGUCAUCAGUCGUUAAGCCUUAGCAGCAGAGGCUCAUACGAACUCGUCUGGAGGUGGAGUGGCGAUGGAGCGGAUAGCCGAAACGACCAGAGCAGUUGCAGCAACAGGUGUUUGUCCAGGUCCGACAGCCUCGAAGGGUUGCUGUGCCCUCCGCUGCCAGGUCAAGUUCCUGCCGAGCCAGCAGAAACUUCAUAUGGCCUAACUGCUCAGGGUGCCAGGGAGGCUCCUCCUGUGAACAAGAGCUCAACAGAAAAACCUACAGAACUUAGGAAGGGGAAAAGAAUUCGUUCUUUCCUCAACAGGCUAUGGAAGGCCAUGAAGCAUCCUUUCCAGUGCUGUUGCUCCUGUAGUGCUGUGGAUGUUGUGGAGCCUUUUGUUCCUCCACCAGAUCUGGAGCCAGAGCCUGAUCCCGAGCCACCAUCACCUGCUCCAGAUCACUCCGGCGUCAAGCCAAAUAAUGAGUCCUUUGAGUCGCUCUAUAACGUGGGAGCGAUGAUUGGAUCCGGAGGAUUUGGCAGGGUGUACGAGGGAACACGCAAAUUCGAUGGCAAAAAGGUUGCCAUCAAGCGGAUGCUCAAGAUUGACAACGCUCGUUAUCUUGAUAUUCCUGGGCAUCCCAAACCACUCGUUACAGAAGUGGCGCUGCUGCUAAUGAUGAGGCGAGAACCCAUAAGCCCCUUCGUCAUACAACUAUACGAGUGGUUUGAACACCCUCGAAAAUUCACUCUCAUCAUGGAGUACCCGGAACCCUGCGAGAGCUUGCUGGACUUCAUCAAUCGUGAACCCGGACCGGAUGAACCAGUAUCACGGGUCAUCAUAUUACAGGCUGUAGUGGCAAUACAACACUGCAUCGAGCAUGGGGUAUUUCAUAACGACAUUCAUGCGCUGAAUUUCCUGUUCAAGAGAAGAACAUCAGAGCUCAAGCUGAUAGACUUUGGCGCUGGUCAGCUAUUUAGUAGUGAUGGCUACGAGAGUGACACAUACAUUGGAGCACCGGAUUACUGCCCACCUGAAGUCUUGACAGAACCCCGAUUCCACGCCGUCCCCGUAAAUGUCUGGGCUCUAGGUGUGCUGUUGUACAACAUGGUGAACGCAUGUCGUCCUUUUUGCAACAGAACAGAAAUCACACAAGCCAAAGUUACGUUUCACAACUCCAACUUAUCCAAAGAAUGCAGAGAUCUGAUUAGAAAGUGCCUAGCCCGGGAUCCAACUGAACGGCCGACGUUAGAGCAGAUGUCACUUCACGAAUGGUUUAGUGAUGGUCUACUGUAGUUUGAAGAAGUUCAGGAGAUUCACUCGAUCAGUGAUUUCAGGAAAUGACAUACAUGCUGUCCUCGGUGGAGGGCUUGAGCUCGAGACUUGAGCCGAGGCCUAAAGUCCAACCCCAACCUGACAGGGAACUCAGAGCCUGUCCAUGUCCGAGCAAGAACACGAGAGACAUCAUCAAGUCAUCACAGCCACAUUUGCUUUGUUUUGAAAGUCAUUUUGCUUUGUUUUUAAAAGUCAAGACAAGUCAUCUUUAUUUAUAUAGUGCUUUUUAUAAGACCAAUCUGUAUAUAUGUAUAUAUCAUUUGAAUAAAUGAAAUUCUUUUAAACCGUCA